CCGUGCUGGUGGCUGAUGGGGAAGGAGCGGCGCGGCUCCGCGGUGGGGCUGGGGCGCGCUGUGCUCCCCCCUCACCGCUCUCCCCCCGCCGCUCUGCCGGAUCCUGGGGGAGGCGCCGAGGGGCGGGGAGCGGUGCUUACAGCCGGAGCCGCCCGGGGAAGGGGCGCGCAGCCAGGAGGGAGGGAAAGGCGGGCUGCUGAAACGAGGUGCCAAAAAUGUCCUGGCAUGGCUUGAUGUCUGCGCCCGGUCCGUCCUGACCCUGCGGCUCUGGAGGCCGGCGGCGGGCAGAGAGCUGAGCCCCACGCGGCCCUUGGUGGGGUUCCCUGUGCUCACAGCUGACCUCGGUGGCAGAGUAAAGUCCGUGGCGCGUCUGUGCCUAAAUAUCUUAGCCACAUCGUCUGGAUGAACCGCAGUGGAUGCAGCGGACAGCUCAGUAUGAGUUUUGUGGGAGCAAGUGAGCUGGCAGAGAGAUUGAGCUGAAUCCAGUGCAAGAUGUGAGCAAAGGUGAUCCCUGGGUUGAGGUUUCACCAAGGAAGUCUUGGUCUGGAAUGUGGUUUAAUGGCACAGGUGUCAUUGAUUAGAAAUGCUGUGUGCUGACAAACAUGUGGAAUCCUGUGUUGUCAGAGUCCUUAACAGAGCUGAGCAGCAGCAGUGGUCUGAGCUCAGCUUACCAUGGUGGGAAAUGGUCAUGAGGAUCCACGGUCAAUCUGCAGUUGGAAGAUGAAGAUACUCUGUUCUUAUCUGUAUCUUCUGGUUUUUAACGUUCGAGUACAAAGAAGUUGAUGUUGUGAGUAAUCACUACAGUUAAUGUUUGGUUUUGAAUGUGGUUCGCAUAUUUGUCCAAUUUCUUCAGUGCUGAAAGUAAUCUGUUAUUAAUUAUGUGACCAACAAGCUGUAAGUACAGGUUUGCACGUAGAAGCUGAUCAUGUGUCAGAAUCUUUGGCCCAAAUGUGAAAUACUAAAGGCACUCGCUCUGGAAGAUGCUGAAAUUUUACUGAGUUAACGUUUUCACGAGCUUCUUUGUGACUAUCUUUUAGGUAUUUUCUGAUCUAGCAUUGAAAAGUUAUUUAGCUUAACUGCAAUUAGGUGCUUUCAUCCCAAAUUUUUAUUUUGCUAUGCAUGCCUCUCUGCCCCCCAACCCCCCUUUUUUUUUAACAUGCGGUGCUACAGCUUUACUUUCUAAGUUUUAUACGAGAAGCAGCUAUACUUCUAAGAGUAUGCAUCAUGUAAACCCAGCAGGAUUUCCCAUGUCUGUAAACUUACUGGAUAGUUGAGCAUUUGCUGACAUGAGCUGCCAAUUGUUUUCUGUCUCUUAUAAUACUCCUUUGUAGAUCUACUGGUAUCUGGUUUGUCCCUGCUGCAUCUAUACAAUGCAUUCCUUCAUGUUUUGUGUAACAUCUUCCUCAGUCAUUUCUGUGUAUGUAAAUGCAGAAACUGGAAAGAGAAAAUUCUGUUUGUGAAUUGUCCCUCUUCCUGCCCUUACUUCUCCACCCUUCCAGUGUGGCUGGGAGGUUGGUCAUGAGCAGGAACUCAGAACAAUAUUGAUCACUGGUAUCCGGGAAUCCAGGGGGAAAAAGGCAAAAAUGAGCAGUGGAAAACAAUCUACGUGUUCUGACAACACAGAUUUAUGCUUUAAGACCCUUAGUAUGGGAGUGCUGAAUGUAGAAAAAGUAAAUGAACAUCUUGAGGUGCUGGUUGCAGAAGCAUGGAAGCUAACUGCCACUGGAAGAGGCUUGGGUGUUGGUUUGUGCCUUUUGUUACUUGUUCAGUUAUUUAAAUCUCCCCUAAUAGCGGUUAGCAACAUGCAAGCAGGGUGAAGUCUGAACCCAGAAGGGUUUUUGUCUCCUAUUAUUUGCCUUUUUUUUUUUUUUUUUUUUUAAACUUGUCUAACUCAAAGGAGAAUUACAUUAAAACAAAGUAUCUUUCACUGCUGACUGCUGUGGCUGUGUAACUCCUCUGGUCUAUGAGUGAUUCCUAUUGAUUUCUGCACUUAACAUUUGCAAGUGCUGCAUGUUUGUGUCACAAUGUUCUGCUUUCUAACAAUGUUUCAAGUAAGAGAUAAGAACUGAAAAAAGGUAAUUUAAAGUAAUGUAUUUAACGGGAAGUAGUUGUUUUAAGGUCCCAACUGAGAAGAGAUGAAUACUUCUGGUAUGUCUCAAAACUUGUUUUGUUCCCCAAGAGUUUAGUGUAGAAUGUUAUCUCCCUUUUUAUUUGCACAGUAUCUGGCAUACCAGUGGAGCCUAGAAAUUCAUAAUGUUUAGCAAAACGAGGAAAGAAAUCAAGUUUCACACGUUUCUGCUGUUUGCAGCGAUAGCCUGAUCAGCGUUUGCCCCUCAGCCUGCUGCCUUCCACAACUUUUACACUAGUUUUUAAAACAGCUUUCUGCAGCCAUUUGUCCCCAGUUUCUGGUUGCCAAAUGUUUUUUUUUGUUGUUGUUGUUGUAUUUUUUUUUUUUUUUGCUUCUUGCGCAAACUAGUUGUUAUUGCUGUGCUUAAAAGAGAGGGGUUAGAUGAGUUUUGGAGGUGUAUUUAGCAGCAGAUGUAUUGCAUGUUGUCCUUUUUUGUGACAAGAAUGCUGAAGAGUAUUUAAGUGUAUCCUUCAGCAUUUGACAGGUGACCAAGCUUUUGUUUGUUUAUGUAUUUUCUAAAGCAUUGAACAUUUUGUUACGAAGGUAGGCUGAUAUUAUUGCAAAUAAAUGUUUUUCAUGGCUUUGAUGCUUCAUGUUGCUGUGAGAAAGAUCCCUGUGCAGGGUUCAACAGAUAAUUGUGGAGAGCAGCGGUUCCAGUUUUUGUGCACGUGCUAUCUAUUUUGUAAAUGAGCAUUCAGCCAUUUGUGUGGCUGUUGGUCUGCCUUUUAAAAGCCGUCCUGUGCAUAACUUUCAAAACUCUUGUGAAAUCUCAGGAAUUAGACUGAUGUUGUAAACUAAAAAAAUUAGAUAGACUUCCAGAAUUAUUUGGAAGGGGAAAAUAUAUGUAUAUAAACUGAAGAAAUAGCACGGCUCCUUGUCGGAUGAGUAGGCUUUGCAGCUUUCCUCAGGUUUGUGAAAAAUCAAAAUGCAGUAACGUGUUAGACAUGUGUGAGGAGGAAAAGAGAACGUAUAUUUCUAGCCCAUCAUAGAACUGUGCGUGGACUAACACAGAAGCAGGAAAAGAGCCUCAGAGAUUCUUGCAAAACUGUGACAAAACUCCUUUGCAAAACCUGAUGAACUCAGCUGUAGCGUGGUGGAAUAAAACAAAAUCAGAGGUAGGGAAAAAAAAAAUGUCAACCUGUGGGACAAAGAGUUUAAGAAGCUGAAGUAUUAAAAUUCAAAUCUAAAAAUAUGUGUAAAUACGUUUUAUAACUUAAGUAGAAAAUAAAGUGAAACAGUAUAAAAUGAAGCUGAUCAAGGAGUUUACAGGAGCGUUCCUGAAGAUGACAAGAGAUUUGGGGAAUUCUACUGAAAAUAGAAAAUCCAGUUUUUUACCUAAGCCCGUACCUGUGUAUUUUGGAAUAAAUAGAAAGUUUUUGUUUUGCAUUUUUUAAAGCAGCUGUUUGGGUAACCUAGAGCAUGAAGACCACGAUGCCAGGUGGUUACAAGGCCUGCACACCAAGACUGGGAAUGCAGUUGAAGCUAAAGGAGCCUUGCUGUUCCGCUAGGGCUUUAAGAAAACUUCAGGAGCAUUUGACAAGUUCUACUCUAUUCAGUGGGAGGAAAAGAGGAAAUGUACUUGUGGUUUUUAUGCUUUACUGAAUGAUUAGGUUUUAAUUCAGCAGAAGUGUCCCAGAAGAACGUAGUGUAUUUCUUUCUUACACUCAAAAUAAGAAGCACCUAUGGUAGAAAGAGAGUAUUGUGGAAAACUUGCUACAGUGGAUGUGAGAGCUUUCGAGUCUGACGGUUUAAGUAGCGAAGAUGAAAGUGAGGACAGUUCUUGGGCAGGGGACUUCGAGAGGAAUGUGAUUCAUGGGGCACAGUGACUGGUGUAAUUACCAGUGCAGCUGCCGUAGUAACUUCUGCCAGUGCUAAAAAAGCCUGUCAUGCCCCGUGCUCUGCUGGUUGGAGCCUAAGUGAUAAUGAUGGCAGCAGCAGUGCCAACUUACAUCGCUGUAUGCGGAUGGAGCUCUUUCUGCCAGGUUUCAAAUUGAUGUAGAACCUUCACUUCAGGGAUUUCCUGAAGUGUUUACGCUGAGGAAAAACUCUGGAAUUGGAGGUGGCCAGGUUUUGUUUUGUGUUUUCUGUAAAGAAUAGCAAAAAAGUAGCAAUACAGUGGGAUUGAGUUAAUCUGAUAAUGGGUAAAACCUGUCAAAUUCAGGCAAGGAAAACCAAAUACUUUAACGCCUUCAAUUUUAACACUUUCAGCACAUGAAGUUUUAUUUUGGUAAUAAAUUCAUUUAUGUGAGUAUUGUAUUAAAUAAGGCUUUUGAACUUUUUGCUGUGAUAAUACUUUCCAGUUGUCGUUCUGUAAUAUCUGAAACGUCUGACCUGUGGUUCAAUGUUUGUUUCCAGUUAAGCCAAGAGAUGCAUUUCAGACCUGAUCCGGGAUGGAAUUUGGGGUGAGGAGCUCUUAAAGCGUUGGGACAGAAGAGUGGGAAGGAACGUUGUGCUAAACCAGGCUUCUUUCUCAUGUAAAUGUCUAGACCAAGUGAGGAAAAGCUUUCACUAGAGAGUGAUGGGAAUUUUGAAAUAUUAACCACAAAAUGUUAUUUUCUGUCACUAAUGUGCAUCAUCAAAACUCACUUCCGCAGCACUUGACAAAUGCAGUUUACAUUUAAAAUUGAAGUGGAUUGCCUCAAGUCUUGUAUCAGUCUCGCAUCGAAGAUGGUAGAAUUUCCUAGAAUUCAGGAGCUCUGAUACUUACUGUCAGAGCAAUCUGUGUAACUGCCUAGCCCCGACAUCUGCAUUAGCAGGUCGUAACAUUUCACCUGUGCAGUAGAAAUAAUCAUUCUGUCCUAUUUAAGAGAACACUUAGCUUCUUUCCUAGCUGUUCUAAGUAUAAACCAUAAAUACAUACACAUGCAAUGCUCCUGAUUUCUUUCAGUCUUCCUUAUCCUCUUCAAAGAGCUUCCAGAUCUUGCUCUUUUCAACCUUUUAUUUACCUUUCGUUUCGUCGCUGUCAUUUCCAUCUCCUGUUUUUAAGAGCCUGCCUCCCUCAGGUUGUUCGGCGUUCUUCACCAACUGUGUUUGUGUCUCGAUUCAAGAAAGAGAUGGAAGAGGGAAUCACGAGUUCCUGUAUCCAAAGGUAUCAGAAGAUGGUUAGCUAAUUUAUGAAAACAUUCUGUAAUCAUUCCUCACUGUUGUUCCCGUUGACUGAUGGUACGAGUUCUACAGGCUUAAAUCCAGGCACCAGAUGAGUCCUAAAAUAACACUGCAGAGUUUCUCUUUGUGCUGCAACAGACUCCAUGUGCUCAUCCCAAGCGCCUGCUGACUGCAACCUGAGUGUCAGUAAGUACUGUAGUUCUGUGGCUUAUGUGUCCAGCAUGUAUAGAUGUAUACACUGGGGCUCAGCCCUAAUAAAAUGACCUUUUUUGUGGAAGUUUUAUUGCAUAUUGUCUUUGUCAUAGGUGGCUAUUAGUUUAUGGAAUGACAGUCACAUGGCAUUUUUGAAAAUGCCGUUAAAUAUUAAGAUUCUCAUUUUGCUUGAAGGUUGUGGUUGCUUUUUGGUUUUAAUAAUGAAAACCUCAAGCCUGAAAAUGGUAGUUCAGUCCUUUUCCCAUGUCAUCUUUGAGCCUUUUUCCAAUAUGGAAAGCAGGGCAAGAACUGAUUAUGUUGUAAAAAUUAAAAUAAUCUCCGUUUAAAGCCUAUGAAGUAAAAAAUAGUUCUGGUUUUAAAAUGAAAAAUACUAUUUUAGUUGUUAUAAAAGGAGAUGGGUUCACCUCAGAGCUGACUUUUUUCCCCCCUCAACAAUUAGGUAUUUACAGUCUCCAAAAGAGGUUAACAAAUAGAAAAGAAUAGUUCAAUUGGAAGGGGCCAACAAAGGUAAUCAUGUCCCCAUUUGCAUAACCACCUCAGGGCUGACCAAAAGUUUGAGCAGGUUUUGACAGUCAUUUAGUAUUUUGGCUGGUUUUUUGUUUUUUGAUGGUUUUGGGGUUUUUUUGUUUUUUUUUUUGCUAAUGUGUGGAGGUGUAAUGUGGUGUGUGCCCACUGCUUUUUUUGCCCAGUUAAAUAAAUAGUUCAGCAGUUAAACUCUGGGGUAAAUCACAGGUGGUGAUGGGUUAUGAAACUCUUGUUUUAGCCAGCUCUUUGAGAGAGGAUUCUGCAACUCGUCUAGUGGUUCAAAAUGUCAUUGAGGGAGAGAGAAAUCUGAGCAAUGGAUUCAUAACUGAAUAAUACCUGUGAGAUGUACAGAGUAGGAGGAAGAACUAAGGCUGUUUUAAAGAUGAGUAAAUUGAGAUGAGGUAAGUGAUCUGCACAUCACGUGGGAAACCUAGAUGUAUAUACUUAACAAAUCUGAACAGACCACAAAUUUCGUAUCUGUCUGAAAGUUCUUGGUGCUGCUUGGACAUGCAGGCUGCUCUUUGCAUGUGCCGUGUGCCUUCUGCCAUUUUCACGCCCAGUUACAAAAAUAGAUGCAGCUGCUUUUGAGACAUACAGGAAGAAAAUGAAAAUGUAACAAAUCGAAGACUUGUGCUGGAAUAUGUGGGCGUUGUCUUUGUUCAGAGGCAGAGUGAAAGGGAAGGAAGCAAAUUCUUUAGCCUGGAAGUUAUCGAAACCAAGUUAGUUUUAAAGAUAAAGUAGAAGGGCAUUUCUAGAAACUUACAGAGCAGGAUUCUUGUGUACCUGCACCACAAAUGCCUUUAAAGGGGAAGUAUUGUAAUGGAAUAAGUAGAAUAAAUUGGUGCAGAGGAGGAGGCUGAACACGUACUGGAUGUGAUGGCCUGGCUUGUAUUAGUGAUGGAAUUGUUGCCAUUGGCUUCAUGAACAUUUUGAUUUUGGCUUGUAAGCUACAUACAGUUCCACUUCUGUAGUGAGGAUAAAGAACAAUUAGCAAAUUUGCACAGAAGCUGCUGGUAGAUAUCAGCCAUGAGAUCUAGUCUGACAUUUAAAUAAAGCUUAAUUAAACAUAUGUUUUUCUGGAAAUAUUUGAGGAUUUCUGGUGGUCACACUGUGGCGUUUUCACUUCUAGGCACACAGGGAGUUUGUGGGCAGCAAAAGCAGUUUGACAAGUAGUAUUGCUCUGUGUCUUGUAAAGCUGUAGUUCAGCUGUGUUCAAGUCUAUUAAAACAAUGGUAGCUACAGGGGUAAGGCAGGACUUGGACAAGUAAUGAGCAGUUUUACUUCAGUAGAUGCUGGGGUGAGGGUCCCUACCUCCUUCCCAUGGGAAGAUACCCUAACCCAGGGAACGUUUCAUGCAGCACUUUCAUGGAGGCCUUCACAGAAAGAUAAAUCUCAGUAUGCUUCUCCAGUGAAAUAUAUUACACAUUUGUUAGUUUUUGGGUAACAGCCAAAUCAUUCGUUGUCCCUCCCCACACACACUUCCAUUUAUAAAUGAAGUCUUCAGUCUUUUGAAUGUCAUACAAAACUGUUGAAAACCAGACUUGAGCAAUUGAAAUUCAAUUAGUUCAAUCAGAGCGAUUCAAUUGACACAGCUGAGUUCUGCAAUCUGAACAAAAGAUUUUGCUGUAAUUGUGUAGGAAUAUAUAAAUGCUGAUAUGAUUGUCUUGUCCCCAGUCCUCCAGAAGGAUGCACUGCAUUUUAAAACUUACUGGCAUGCACCCCACUUUCUACUUGAUGCUUUUGUGGUGCUUCAGCCUCUUACAAAAUUGGAGGUGAAAACAAUCCAGGGGAAUACAAGAAAGUGUGUUUCCUGUGGGCAAGCCUGCUGAAUGUUAGGAAUUAACAUGUAAUGUACUGCUAAAUUUGGUGAAUCCGUUUGGUCAUCCUUUCUGUCUUGAGACAGAUGAUCUUGUAAUAUCCAUUUGCAGAUGAUAUUUCUGAUGAAUCAUUUGAGGUUGUGAUUCACAGGUCGACUGUGGUGAUGUUCAAGUCAAAAAAAAAUGAACUUUUUCUCAGAGCAGGAAGGGUUGUGCUGUCUGCUUUUCUUGACUCUACAGCUGUCAGUCUGCAACGCACAAUAGGGUGCAAAGCCAACAAAAAAAGUUUACUCCCCAGUGUGAGAGACAAGAUUCUCCACUAGUUAGAAGCAGAAGUUUCCUUAGUCAUCUUGCUUCUGCCACGAGCAACCAUGCUCUUAGACCUGUUUUCCAAUGGUAUUUGGGACUGGUUGCCACCAGUUUUUUUCUGCCCCUUCCUACAUCUUUCAUGACCACAUCGUGUUUGUCCCUCUUUAGGUUUUCUGUAGGUGAUGGAAGACCAGAGUCAUUCAUCUUGCUUCUCGUCUCCCUUGCUUUUGCACGAGCGUGAAACCUACGGUCUCACGCGCAGUUCUGGUGUUAGCCAGCUCUGUUUUCUGAUGGAAGUUAAAAAUCUCGUGUUGUCUGUGUAAAUGAAGCACAAGCUUAUGCAUCACGUAAUUAAAGUGGAGAUUCUCAUCUUCCUCUGCCAGUUCUCCUUCAUCACUGUCUCAGGCACAGCAGAUGAAACAGCCUUAUUUGCUUAUCAUGCAAAUUCAAAUCAGGCAUCGUCUGAAACAAGAUCCUCUCUAAUCCUUACUAGGGUUGUCUAGACUUCCAUAUUUCUAUGUGAGAUUUUAGAGAUGAGAUCCUUGGCCAUCUGCACAUGUAAAACUUCUGCAACGUUUCACGGUCUAAUUAAUCACUCCUUCCAGUGUUGUUUUCCCUAACAUGAUGGACUUCACUGAGUGUUACUCCAUUCAGAGUGAUGCUGUGGAGGGUGUUGUACAGGGUAGUGGUUUGAUACUGCAGCCCUUUCUUGUGUUCUGCUCUCUUGCUUCAAAUAGCAAGUAUUUUUCUUUACCUUAGGUCCCAGAUUGCAGUGUGCCAGCCUCUGUUGUCUGCCUGUCGCAUUUAAGAUCAUUGUUUUCAUAUGAGGAAGAAUAUCACAUAAACAGCCUCUUCUCCUAAGCAACCCUUAAUUUUCCAUUACUGUAACGAUUGCAGAAGUCCUCGGAAUUAUCUGCUUCCAUGCAGCUGGGACCAUAAGUGUUGUCUUGCUGUUUCCUUGGACCUUCCUACCCAUCUAUUCCACUGUUAUCUCUCGUAUUAUAUUUUUGUGCCUGUUGUGGAAUUUAUCUUGUGUGUUUAUUCUGUCCUGGGACCUGGCAUGAGUCAGAGGUUAGACUUGAUAGACAUGAUGGUAAAACAAACAAAUAUGGAUGGAACAUGAAAACAUCAGACCUUGACUCACAAGUAUGGAGAGUGAGCUAGUCCAUAAUUCUGUUCAGGACAGGGUCAGCCACAGUGUUCUUAACAGAUGUUUCUGUGGGCUGCUCUUGGAGCUACCUGAUAAUGGAAUUUCUGCUCCCCCCAAAUUAAUUCCCUUACCUUGCUGUCCUUGCUAGUCAUAUCGUCUGACCUGAAUCUUCCAUUUCUUUUCAUAUGGGGGACGAAUGGGUAAAAGGUAAUUCCUUUUGAUAUUGUUAAUAUUUAGUUUAAAGUCCUUACAGAUUUUGUGGUUUCUUUGUCAGGCCAGCCACCUCUGUUUCUCCAGCCUCUCCCUGUAUGCUGUUUUCUGAACAGAUGGUUGCUCUUUCUGGCUUUCUGGCUGUAGCCUGGAUCAGGCAGGCUUUCUUAGGGCACAGCAUUCAAAGCUGUGGGUGCUCUACUCCAAUGAGACCUAGGUUAUGUUUGUCUUUGUUCCCCACAAAGUGCAGUGCUGCUGUCAAACUGAAAAAAUAACCACUGUUGACUCAUGCUCACCUGUAAUUUCUCUGUAACCAUACUUUUUUUUUUCCCUACAGUCUUCCUUCUGUCUGGUAUUUGUGGCGAUUUGUGGUGGAAGUAAGUUGUUGCAGUUAUUUCUCAACGAGGAUCUGAGUCUGGAUGGUCAAUGUGUUAAAGCAAAACUGUGUGAUCAGCACAAGGAAACUGCAUGCCUUCGUACUGGAAACACAACUGGAAAACAGCUGAGGCUGUUCAGAACUCUGUGGUGGGAUAUAAGGCAUCUGAUUUUUUUUUUUUCAUGAUGUCUUGGAUUUAUCCCUGCAGUAGCAGUAUCUGUUAUAUCAAAACCCAUUACUUCUUUGACAUUUAUCCCUGAGGUAGUGUAGGUAGAAGGAGGAAUUUUAUCCUUUUUCAACUUUCACUUUUGUGAACCUGAGCAAAAGUGAACCUCCCGUGUACUUGAUGACAUCCAUUACAAAGGUAACCUUAGUUGUUCUUCUCUGGACUUGUUCCUUGCUAGCAAGAAUAAUUAGAUAUUAUCCCACUUUUCUUAACUAUCUCGUCCUGGGCCUCGUUUAUAAUGUGAGGGAUCCCAGUUUCAUUGCUGAAUCUUGAAUUUUAGAGACAACGUGAGCAAGUGUAACUGUAUCAGAUGCUUUGAAGAGUGCAGGCCAAGUGGCUGAAAUCUGUUCUUCUUAUCCAUGCAGCUCUGAGUGCUGGGGCAGCUGAGGAGCAUGCUGUGCCAGUACCAGGCCGAACAAAACCUCACCAGGAUUCUCAGACUGAUAAAAACAAUCCUGGAGGAAAUGGAAAAAAAAAGUCUGAAUAGAAGAAUUUCUUGUUAUUAAUUGCUAUCUGUAUCGGGUGCAGUACCACUAUUCUAGGCCUUGGAAAAUGACAUGUUAUUUCCCUUUCCUUUUAAAUAUGACAAAAGCAAGCCUAGGACUAAGUAGUAGAUAUUAAAUAUUGAAUAUUCCAAAAGGAUUUGUCAUCUGCUAAACAUAAAAAGACUUUUCUCCAAAAAGAAGAAGGCUAGCUAGGCCGUAUAUAUUUGUUUUUCUCCGUACAGGUCGUGUAUUCCCACUUCAGCUUAAACUAGAUAAACAGUUGAGUAAAUGGAAGCACUGCCCCUUAACAGAAAUGCUAUUACUAAAAGCAGUAAGUGAUUUAAUCAAAUGAGUUUCACGGUAUUCACAGUUCACCCUCUUGUGUGCUAGAGUUCAGCAUUGUACAAACAGGAUCAGAAAUUCUUUGCUUACCUAGCAGCAAAUUGGCUGCUUAGUCAGAUACGCAGAGCACGCUGUUGAGCAUACAAUGCCGAAAUAAAGUUUUGAUAAUUGAGCUUUCUUUUAUGGCAUCGUUUGUUGCGGGGUCAGAUUUUUCGGAGAGCAGCUGUACAGAGUCCCUCAGCGUGCUGCGUGUCUUCUGCAUGGAGCUCAAAGCACAGAUCUUCACACUGCAGUGUAUGGUUGGAGAUGAGCUAGGGAAAUAUUCAGAGGCUUCCAAUGUUAUUCCUGCUUAUGUGCUGCGUUUCUCUUUUUAAAAAUUCCCAGAGCUUGCAAUAUAUGGUGUGUAUUUAAAAAGCCCCACGAGGAGGGGAAUAAAAUACAUUUUUCUUUCUUUUCUCCGUACUUCAUGAAUAGCUCCUUUCUUGAAAACCACAAAUGAUGGGACCUUGUUUAUUUUCUUACAUCCAUUUCUGCUGUUUUCGCGGUCAUCUUAAAAAUGUUCUGUUUCUGUCAUUGUUCCUUAAAUAUUUGCUUUCCUAUCUCAGAUGGCCUUAUGAAUGGAAACCCAUAGGAAAUGAAUGUUUGUGUUUAUUAACGCUUUAACUUCUGCUAGUUAAGAGCUCUGGAAAACAGAGCAGUAUGGGCAAAACAUGGAAGAGCUGCAUUUUGAAAUGCUGUACGUGCAAAUGCUUGGCCACCAUCUGUUUUCUCCAGGGCUGCUCCGUGAGUCAAGUAGGUGUUCAAAACUGACCACUGAUUUGAGUGAAGAUAGAUACAAAAAGCAUCUGCUGGCAGCUGUGGGAUAUCUUAACUAGAGGCAUCAGAAAGCACAGUGAGUGUGGAUGAGAAUGCAUGUUGGUAAAGAAAGGUGGGUGUUCACCUGGGCAGAGUCAGGCUCUGAAAUACAAAAGGCUGAAUUAGCAUGUGCAGGUAUGUGGAACUGCAUUCCAAUGUGUGUCCUCACUCACAGUGACCGAGCGAACCGAGCUCCUGUGUAUGCUAGACUUGUUUCACUGUGCCUGAACCUAAUCCACUCAGAAGUUCAGGAUAAAUGAUUAUACAAAGGGGAAGAAAAAUGACCUGAGCGUUUGUAUUCUGUUUGUAUUCAGCAGUAUGUCUAUGAGAUUUAAAAAAUAUAUAUAUUAAGUUUCAGAUGACGGGUUUCUGCAUACAGGUUACUGAAGGUAAAGUCUGGUAUAUGGGAAAAGUCAGUGCAAGGAAAGUACUUGUUAUUGUGAUAAAUUUAAUCAUUUUUUUUAUUCUGUGAGGUUGAAAAAAGAAAAAAGGGAUUCUGGUAUGAUAUUUACUACCUUGGGUGAAUACUGGAGAGGGAUUUUUGUUCCUCUGAGAUGAAGACAGUGGCUCAGCAAGUCAUGGUUUUCACAGACACCAACCAAACCUUUUCCCCUUGAUCUCAUCUUCAGCUCGUGCCAGCCUUCCCCUUCCUUCUGUAAAGACUCAUGUCUUUCUCUUCAUCUCUGACUGUGAAGGAAGCACGGGUGCGACUUACAGCUAGGAGCAGGAAAUGAAUUUAAGCAAAGGGAAGUGCUGCUGGGAUAAUAUAUACAUUUCUGCGAAGGGCUUCUAUCACAAAUUCAUCUCAUUCAUAUAUGAUACUCUAUGAUUAUAUAUGAAUUCCGACAAAGAGAAGAGGAAAGGCAAUAAAGGAAGUACAGAAGGAUUUGAAUUAACCAGGGCAUCCUAUUCAGAACCUCAAAGAGCAAUAAAAGGUCUGCACUACUGAAUAGACAAAGUAAAAUAAUCUGAGUGUAAGUGCAGUCCUGUGGAAUCGUGGUGCUCCAAAGGGGCUGUGAGUGGGGUCCUGCCAUCCUGUUGCAUUGCUGCCCGCUCUCCCCAGGCUGUUGUUUGCUCAAACCAAACCCAAGGUUAGGAAAACACAUGCUGCUGUCGUGAGGUAAAUGCUGGGCAAGCAGUCAAACGAGGGAGGCAGAUCCAACCACGUGCUGGUUAUUGAGGCCCCCUGCUCUUUGUGUUUCAUUGCUGGGAUUGCAGGCAAUGCCUUGGAAUAGUGGAGCAGAAGCUGGUUGUUUGGCUGGUGAAACAGCUGGGAAGAACCACUUUGGGGUUAACCUAGCACUGCCUUGUGUUGUAGAGCAUUUUUUCUUUUGAUGUAGUAAUAAUCAUACCUGCUGCUUAAUUUGUUCACUAAUAGGAAUGAGUACAUGUUUUAUCCUUUCUUUUAAGGUAGAAUAGUGAACACUAGCUGUGUGUUUGGUCAGCAUUAACUGUCACAUUGUGUUUUAUCCUUAGUUAUUCUUGUUUCAAGGCAAGUAUAUGUGACUCUGCCAUUAGCGUGGCUGUAACUGAGCCCUAAAAUGGAACUGUUGCCUACUGUGCAUAGCCAGGUAGUCCAAAACCAACAGCAGAAUACUCUUGUCUUUGUGUAGAUGACUGUGGCUGUAUGGUGAACGUCACUUAUGCUAAAGUGCUUUUAACUUGUUGCCCAACAAAAAAAAAAAAGUGUUGCGGCAGCACUUUGUUAGCAUAUCCACUGCUGUUUCCAGGAUCUUAUCUUAUGUUUUUGGCUCUGGAAUUCUGCAUCUCUGGAUUUCUAGAAACUGGAUUUGUUGCCCUUCCAUGAAUUUAGUAAAUAUAUAUCGCAAAACAGACUUCAUUUUGUAUUUUCCCCGGGGACUCUGUGUAUACAGUACAGGAUAAGUUUUGCUAGCUGUACUUGAUUUUAACAAGUCGGAGUAAUUGAGAAUAAGGUAAAAUCCUUAGUGUAUACCAGCUUGGACCAGGAGGUAUUUGAGUGCUGUGAAGUUUGGAUGGAAGAAAGGCUUUUCGGUCUGUCUUAUAUUUUAAACAUUAUUUUACAUAAAUAUGUUCCUAGGAUUUUUGCUCUGAAAUUUCUCUUUAGCAGCGCUCCCUGAUUUGCACCUGCGUUUCCUCAGCAGGACUAACCAGCUUUCUGCUUUGUAAUGUUACUGUUAGAAAGUGCAGAGGUAGUGAUAGGUAGCAGUACUAUCGCUUUCUACAACUUUACCAUUCCACUGACACCAAUGUUUGACACGCACGAGAUGCGAGAGAUCUGGGAAUUGAGCAUCAUCUGGAGCAGCACUCAGCUGCAAGCAGAAAGAAGGAAUGAAGUGAUGGAGCAGUCUGAGUGCUGGUGCGUGCUGAGGUUUCUCCAGGCAUGGCUUGUGGCCCCUUGCCCCAGAAGAGGUGUAUGUAUGACCUAAAGAGGCACUGGCCAGCUCCUAGGCUCCUCAGCAGGCUGUGACACCCUCUCAAGAACGUUCUGCCAAUGAAUAUGCUGAUGAUAAAGUGACUUUUACCUUGCAUUUCACCGGGGAAGUGUGUUGUCAAUCAUUACCUUGCUGGGCUGGUUUAACGGGGUGGAGAUUCUAGGAAAACUGGUGGGACUGGAACUAAGUCAUACUCCUUCAGUAUUAAAAUGGAGCUAGGCUUCUGAAUUAAAAGUGGUUAUUUGCCUAAUUUCCCUUCAGAUGUUCUAAUAUACACAGGGAUCCAAGGCUAAUUCUCUGCUGAAUUGCUUUUGGUUGGCUCAGAUGCAGAUCUCAGAGUGGGAGGAGGGCAAGGAGUGACCUGUGGGUGGGAAAUGGGCUACGUAGGAAACUUGGGAGUCUUUUAAUCGCUUCCUUCUAAAAUAAACUAAUGCAUUUGUAAUAUUUUCUUUGAGCAGAGUUUCCUGCGGCUGAUAUCUGUUCUGUGGGCUGUUUGCUUUGUCCAAAGAUUUCUAAACCUUCUAUAGACCUAACAUACUAUUUAGGAAGACGUUGUCUUCCUAUUAGCUGCGUGCUGGCCGUUGCCAUCCUCCCUUUUGUUCCUUAUGGAACCUUUGCUCCCUUCCUCAUCCAAGCAGGCUCUCCAAGAGCGCGGUUUGUACCUGGGACGUGGACGGGCCAGGACAGCAGAGCACCAGCAGGCACUUGGCAGAGAUGCCAGAGAGCUCCCUUGGUGGCCCAGGAAACCCAUUUCCUCCGAGCUGCUGAAUAGCAGCUGUUUCCUAACAAAUUGCUUUGUUUGUCAACGCGGGGUACUUUGUAGCACAAAGGCCCGCAGGAGAUUUCAAGCAGGGGCAAGUGACUUGAGAGGCUUGAGAGUGGAUGUAUUUGCUGCAACUGGUGCCAUCCUUAUGUUCCUGCUAUCUCAGAUUCCUGCUUCAGAUUGGAGAUCUCUAUAGGUUCAUUAGAACACGCUCUUUACUAGCACAUUAAAAGUGUCAGGCGUAUGUUUAUCAGAUGUAGGGCUGGUCUAAGCACAAUAGUGCAGGCAUUUAGGCAUAGUAGUUGUGGUUUUAUGAACUGUCAGUGUUUGUGCAAAUGUAAUUACCCAGAUACAGGCAAGCUUAAUGAAUGAACUGGAUUUCUUUCAAAUAAACUUAGUCUUAUCAGUACAAAAUCCGUGCUCAGGCAAACCUUUACUCUUGCUAGUUAUAUGGUGUUACAAACGUGGGAUGUACUCUGCAAGGUGUAUCAUCGAAAUGCUUUCCUUAAUCACGAGGAAACUGAGGAGAUGGUAUGAGGCACUUCAGGGAAAAGUGGUGUAGAGAGGUUUUGAGGUGGUUUUCUUGUUUGUUUGUUUUUGGAGUGGGAGAAUGCAGGGCUCUAGAUGUCAAGGAAGAAGCGUGCUUGGCAGGCAAUUCAGAGAUUGUUUCAAGUGUACCAGAGUGGCAUUGCCAGUGCUAAGUAUCAAAGCUGGCCUUUUGCAUCCAGUUUCCAAUAAACCCUGUGCAAUACAGCUGUAAGCACUGGCGGUGCUGCUACCGCCUGACUGUGAUAUUGGGCCUGAUUCAACUCUGUCUGCCACUCAUCCUAAAGGAAUAAUUAGCUGUGUUUUAAUAUAACUGAGCAAUAGGUAGACCAAAGCCUGCACUACCAACUCGCAACAAAAAUAAGUUAUUUUGAGAGGGAUGUGUUUAAAAAUCCCACUCUUUUCUCUGCCACCUUCCCUCCAGCUGCUUUGCUGGUAGCACGAACCUCUUGGGGUCCCAUUCUUGCUGAUUUGUUUAGAGGCUGGAGUGAUCUGAAAUACCUGGAUAGAAGUUUCCAACCGAAACAUCUGUUUUUUAAAAAUGAACGUGUGACGUUUCGGUAACGUUUGGGGAAAACACGUAAAAUCCUCACAAACAAAAAAACCAAGUUUGGGUUUGCCUUUCCCACCUCAUUUUCUAGUUGAUAGCGUAGUUUGCCUUUCAGACUCCUGACGCUGCUCUUCUCAAUCCCUCGGGGUGCAUCACGCUUCAGCAGUCCCAGCUGGGUGCUGGGUUUUGGGGUGAACUGCCGACAGCUCUCAGCUACCCUGCAGCUUCUUCCCUGUGCGUGCGGGGCUGCUUUGCAGGAGCUGCUAUUGCCGGGUGCUCAGCGUGCUGCUGCAGGCUGCUGUCAGUGCAGUGCCAGGCUCUGGUCCUAGCAAGGACUGCGAGGCAGAAGCUCGGGCUUUCUGGGCCAUUCUGUUGCAUAUUGUAGUAGAUCUAUUUUGUAGUGCUAAAGCAAAACUUUCCCUUUCCCAUGCGGUUUUCAUUUUGUUCUGCAAUAUCAACUUUGCAUCCCGAUUCAGAAGUAAUUAGAGCUGGCCUGGAACGGGAUUCCUCUUCUAACGCGUGUAUUUCCCCUGAUUUUCAUGGGGCUACUCAGGUAAGGUUAAACAGCUACACAGUGAUACUGAGCUCACAGCUGCAAGUCUGUAACAGGUUCAAAGCAUCCGGCCAGACUGUGGAUAGUGAAUUCUGGCUAUAAUGAAAUAGUUGAUAACUACUGGGGAAAGAAGGUAUGGCUGAGUUUCCCUUCUGAUUUUCAGAGGCAGCGGUUUUUUAAGGGGCAUCGAUUGCCUUUCCCAUUGGAAAUUAUUUAGAAUCCUUCUGUAAACGGUCGGUGGUGUUACGCUGGGCCGCACUGCUAUGUAAUGAUACACCGUGCCCGUGGAUCUGGGGGCUGCCCCAGGAACCCCGAGUGCUGACGCAGGCAGCCCAGCAUGGCAAAUCCCGCAGCUGUGCUGCUGCCGCCUGACCUUGGCCUGCUGCCUGCUGCGCCUCCAGCCCCAAAGCUCCUUGGAUCUCCUUGGCUUGCCUGGAUCUCCAAAAAUCUCUUGACAGGUGAAAAUGGCUUACUUUGAAGUCCCUUGGAGAGGCCGAUUCCCCUUUGGUCUGCAGUGCACUGCACCAGUGCCUGCCUUGCUGCUCAUGUUUGUUUGCUCCGAGCCCGGUGCCUCUACUGUGCUCUAAAUAUUCCUCGUUUAACGAAGCAAAGUUCUUUAAUUACUAUCUUUCUUUCUGGAAUGCCACGUGGUCCCUUGGUCUUUUGAUACUAUCAGACUGAAAGGGAGAAGAAAAUCCUUUAAACAAUUUUCUGACUCCCUCUAGAGGAUUUCCUUCCGAGCCCAGGAAUGGCUGCGCAGUGGGAGCAGCAGAACCUUGGCUCCCUGUGCCUGCACAGCCGGGUUUCAGCGCAGGUUGCAUCUUUUCCAGUUCCCACAGCCUGCUUUUCUUUUCCUGUCAGUUCCUGCUAACGUCUCCCUGAUUUUAUUCCCACUGUUCUUUAAAUAUAAACGCUCACAGUCCAUUUUUCCUUAGGCAACACAGGCUGGGCACUCUCUGCCAAAGAAUCCCUCUGCAGUCGUUGCUGCGUGGAGAAUGGCUGUUUUCACGUGUACUGAUUCCUCUGGACCAAACUUUGGGGAUGCCCCUCAAGGGAAAACUUACAUCUCUCCUAUCCCACUGGUGACAUCCCAGUGCCUGCUGCAGCGGGGAUGAUGGCUUCUUUUCCCCCUGUCAUACUGAAGGGUGCCCAUAGGUUGCUUGCAUUCCUGCAGCAGUCCUUCCUCUUGCUGCCCAUUGUGUCAUGCCCCACCUGCUGAAAAAUGCCAUUCAAGCCGAGCGGGUGAUGCGGCUUCUUUACAAAGGGCCCAGGAGGAGUGCAGAGCUUUGUGAUAGAGCAUCCUAACGUGGGCCCUCAGAAAGGUGCUAACUUUGUGCCUGUGGAAAGAAAAAUCCUCUGCAUGAGCAGUUUCUGGUGAGUGUUUAAAUAAGGGAUUCACUCCUCGUUCCAGAUGCAUUGCCUGUUUAACCAUUCAGUCCCCAUCGCUUGGAUGUCUGACAUUAGGGGACUGCUGUUGCAGCGGCAGGAACAAGCUGUCCCAGCUCUCUGUGCUUCCCCUUCUUGCCUCAAAAUUCCUUUGUUCUCUUCCUCACCACACAGCCGUGGGUCAGGGCUAGGAGCUGGGUUACUGCUGUGCUGAACCAUGCUCGUUUUGGUACGGGUUGCAGCCACCCCUCAUUUCCUAAAGGAUUGUUAACCAGAACAAUCGCCUUAACAGCAGAUGAGGGCCAGUAUCAUUGGAGGGAGGUGAUCCUCCCCCCUGAGGCCACAUUUAGAACACCGUGUCCAGCUCUGGGCUCCCCAGUUCAGAACACACAGGGGUCGCCUGGAGGAGGGCCGCAAAGAUAUACAGGGCCUGGAGCAUCCCCGGAUGAGAAAAGGCUGAGUGACCCGUGCCUGUUCAGCCUGGCGAAAAGACUGAGAGGGGAUCUGAUCAACGUUUAUAAAUAUCUAAAGGGAGAUGUAAUAAUCAUUCCAUCCCUCUUUGAACGCACUCGGCAGCGCAGCACCCGGCGGUGCGCCCAGCGCCCUGACCUGCAGCGGGAGAGCGCAUGCUCCGCUCCACGGCGCGGGGCCCAACGGGCAGCACCGCCCCGCACCGCCCCGCAUUGCAUCGCCCCGCACCGCCCCGCAUUGCAUCGCCCCGCACCGCCGCCAUGGCGCUGGGGCUGCUGCUGGGGCUGGGGCUGCUGCUGCUGCCGCCCGGCGCAUGGCAGCAUAACUUCAGGGCUGAGAAGCACACGAAGCUGAUGGUGACUCCAUAUGGAUCGGCAGAGAUGUCGGAUGAGGACUCGGUCAGUGCCGCAGGCCUUGCAUCUCAGACAACCCCAUCCAGGCCAGAAGCAGCUGCAGAGGAGGAAAGCUUGGGGCACCUGCUGGCUGCUCUGCAGCACGCCAUGCGAGGAGCUCAGCGCUCAGCGGGGACGGCCGCCCCCAGCCCUACCACCACUGCUCCUUGUCUGGAGGCAUGCAGGAGGCGUGCUGAAAAGCAGAAAGGAGCAGGGAGGGGCACGGUGACAAGAAAACCUGCUCUGUCAGCAGUGCCAUCCCUUCUGCCCCAGCCAGGUAUUUCUGUCUCUUUGUGCGGUUUCGAGUCCCCGCAGCUGGCGGCAGCCAUGGCAGAGCUGGCCUCGGCGUUCCAGACUGCGGGUGCAAAAAGGGAGAAUGACAUUCUUGACCAGUUAAAGAAUGGCUUCAAUGACAUCUUUAAAGAAUGUUUUUAAAGGAGCCGUGCUAAAAAUCGCACUUGAAGUUCCGUAACCCCAACCCUACUGCCAAAUGAUGGAAAAGGUUGCACGAGUAAAGGUGACUGCUCGGUGGGCUUCUCCAAACUUUAGUGGUUCAUAUGCGUGUACAGGAGAUGGCCGCCCAAGGCAGUCACACUGAGAGCAUUUUCAGUUCCAUGCCAACGUGCUGAUAAUAAAUUGGCUCCAGCAAUUUCUCUUUCUCUCACGUUGUGCUUUUUUUUUUUUUUUUUUUUAAUUUUUGAUGGGCAUGUUUUCAUUUCUGAUCGUUGGAAAACAAGUUUUUACUGCUAGGUAUUGCACGGUCCUAUUUUCAUUUUCUGCCGCCAGGUGCCAGCUUUUUGGAGCCGUACGUUAUGUCUGUUUUCUUACUGUUGCUUUCGGUUUGGUUUUAGUUCAGUUCCUUGAAAGUUUCUGCCAACUAUUGCUCUUCCUUGAACCUCAGUCUUCUGCGUGGGCUCGGGGUGGAAGAUGGGAGCUCUCUUCCCUUUUGACAUAGAGGCACCUUUAAGCUCAACCUGUUCACAAGUGUGGUUUUGAGUUCAGUAGCCAGGACAUCCUUCUUCAUCCCUUUUCUUCACUGGAAUGGAGGAUCCACACCAUGAUUACGUUUGAAGUUUGGCAUAUUCGGUUGAAAUGUUUCCUUAAACCUUUCUCUUCUGCUGCUCUAUGAAAACUGAAAGUGCCGGGCUGCUGGCUUAAACCAUUGACAUCUAAGGUGCGUCAAAGUAAAUGGUUCCAGGGGAUAAGAAUGUGACGUGGAGAUGGUAAAAACGGUCCAGGAAGGAGAUAGGGUCGGUGGUGUGAUCCAUCAGCAGUGGCACUCUUGGUAAGGGAGAUGAAAGCUCAGGUCAGUGAGGUGGGAGCUGGGCUGCUGUGGGACAGUUCUGAAACACGUGGGGUAAGGAGUGAGAAGUCAGAUCUGUGGUCUCCUCUCGGGGCAGCUGCAGUGAGCCUGCCUGGCUUCCCACCUGGAGCCCUGUGCACAGAGAUGGACUUUUUGAUCGCGUGGAAGAGGUUCCUUCAUUUUUGCUUACAAAGGAGUGAGAUAAUUGUCCGUACGUAAUUUACUCGCGGAAGAAAAGCCCUCAAGAAGCUGACGGCUUGGGGUUUUCUUCUUUUCUUCUUGAUGUGGUUUGUCUGCAGUUAGCAACCCGUGUUCCUGCAGUGGGUCACCGAGGCUGCAGAGCAGGGGAAUAAGGGGCAGUGAACGCAGUGAAUGCAUUUUGAAUACAAAAUCAUGGGUGCUGUGUGUGCGACCAAUGGUCUGCAGUGCUUUGGGUGAACGGCCGCAUCGCUGCCUGCAAGGAACCUCUAAAGAGCUCUGCCUUUAAAGAACCUUCAAACCUGCCCUUUUAUUUCUCAGAGCAUUUCGACGGGGAUCCAUACGGCAGUGUCAGAGUAGCUCUAAAAUAAGGAGGUAAUUAUGGAAACGUCACAGCCAGAUGCUCCUUAAUGGUUCCGUUGAAAACCAUUUUUGUUUUAAUUUGACAUGAAAAGCUUUCGCAGGACUGAAUUAACAUAAACCUUUAAAAAGGGGAUGAAGGGACUGCGCCUCCUCGGGGAGAGCUCUGGGGCUGAGCACUGGCUCUGUGGGCACUGGGAAGGGGAGCUGCAUCCACGUCUGAUUGAAGGUGAGCUUCAGGGUCCGGGCUGUGGAAGCGUGCCAUCCUCCCAAGACAAGGCCUUGUCGUUUUUCUCUUGUGUUUUAUACACCUUUAUCUUUACUGCUUCGUAGAAACAUUUGGGUAAAAUCUGAACGGAUUGAUAGCGAAGUCUUUGUAGAUACAGUUUGUUGAUACAUGCGUACCUGCACUAUUUCUUGCCUUAAUGCAAAAUGCUGAUAGUUGACAAAUACAAAAUCAGAUUGAUUUUUUUUUUUAAAGGAGAUUAUAUUUUGUGGAUGGUACUUUAGGUUGCUGUGUAUUGGUGGAUAGCUGCUCCAGGUGCUGCAGAUCUGGCAGCACCCAGCUCCAUGUGCUCGCAGCCUGGAGCAGCAGCGUGUGUCCGGGCCUCUGUGGUUUAUAGCUUUGCAGAUGAGAUGUGUGGAUAGCAAAGUGACUCAGUGCAGGGAAGCUGGGGUACAGGUGGGCAGGUGGUGAUGCUCAGCAGCACUAGGUGCCAUCAGGCUCAGCAGAAUGGCUGGGUGCUGCCCAGGCUCCCCAAAGCUCCCAGCACCUCCAUGCUCCCUACUCUCCCAUCCCGCUGCUCGUCCUGCAGGCUCCCAGUGCCAUGAGCGCGGCCGAGGACGCAGCGUGGCUGCAUUGGGUGACGGAGCGGUUCCAGAGCAUCGCGGGGCAGGAUGAGGAGAUCGGCCUGGAGGAGUUCAAGGCAGCCCUCCAGGUGAAGGAGUCCUUCUUUGCAGAGCGUUUCUUUGCGCUGUUUGACACGGAUGGCAGCGGCACCAUCAGCCUGGGGGAGCUGCGCAGCGCCCUGUGCCUGCUGCUGCGCGGCACCGCUGCCGACAAGCUGCGCUUCCUCUUCCAGGUCUACGACGUCGAUGGCAGCGGCUCCAUCGAUGCGGCUGAGCUGCGCCUGGUGCUGCAGGCCUGCCUGCACGAGAGCGCGAUCUCGCUGCCGCCGCAGCGCCUGCACGACAUGGCCCAGGUGCUGCUCGAGGCGGCCGACAAGGAUGGCAGCGGCUCCAUCACCUUCCAGGAGCUGCAGCAGGAGCUGGAGGCCGUCCCGGGGCUGAUGGAGAACCUGACCAUCAGUGCUGCCAGCUGGCUGAAGCCCCCAGCACCAACACGGAGGAGCCAGCGGCCGCGCUGCCUGACGGCAUGGUACUGGCACAACCACCGUGGCCAGCUCACCUUCCUGGGGGGCUACGUCAGCCUCAACCUGCUGCUCUUCACCCUGGCUGCCCUACAGCACGUCGGCCACAGCGGGUGGGUGGCGGUGGCCAGGGGCUGCGGGCAGUGCCUCAACUUCAACUGCGCCUUCAUCGCCGUGCCGAUGCUGCGGCGGUGCCUGACCCGGCUGCGUGCCACCUUCGUGGGCAGAGCGCUGCCUCUGGAGCGCUGCGUGGCCCUGCACCAGCUGGUGGGGAGCGCAGUGCUGGUGCUGGCCGUGCUGCACACUGGAGCACACCUGGCCAACUUUGGCAGGCUGGCAGGGGGCAGGCACGAUGCCUUCACCGAGUUCCUGCUGACGGCGCGUCCUGGCGGUGGGGGGCUCAGUGGCACGGCCCCACAGACCGGGCUGGCCCUGCAGGUGCUGCUGCUCGCCAUGCUCGCCUUCUCCAGCCCCUGUGUCCGCCGUGGUGGGCACUUCGAGCUCUUCUACUGGAGCCACCUCUCCUACAUCUCCGUCUGGGCUCUGCUCUUCUUCCAUGCCCCCAACUUCUGGAAAUGGUUUUUGGUUCCCGGGGGCCUCUUUGUGCUGGAGAAGGCGGUGGGCAUGGCCGUGUCCCGUUCCAUGGGGCUGCGCAUCGUGGAGGUUCACCUGCUGCCCUCCCAGGUCACCCACCUGGUGAUCCAGCGGCCACGCUCCUUCCGCUACGAGCCCGGGGACUACAUCUACCUGAACAUCCCAGCCAUCGCCGCCUACGAAUGGCACCCGUUCAGCAUCAGCAGCGCUCCUGAGCAGCAAGACACCAUCUGGCUGCACAUCCGCUCGCUGGGGCAGUGGACCACGCGGCUGUAUGAGUUCUUCAGGCAGCCCGAGCCCCCACAACUCCACAGGAACCUGCAGAGGAAGAGGUGGUGGCAGUGGGCACAGGCCACUCCCUGCGCUGCCCUGGGUGAAUCGGGGGACUCUGUGCCCAGCACCGGGGACGCAGCCGUGGAACUGACAUCGUACCGAUGCAGCGGGGCACCCACAGCCACCCGAGGGGCUGAGGAUGGGGACAGGGACCGGGACACGUCCCUGCAGGCGAUUUCCAUGGGGCUGAGUGAGAGCCAGCAGCUCUGCAGCAUCAAGUGUUACAUUGAUGGCCCCUAUGGGACCCCGACACGCCGGAUCUUUGCCUCGGAGCACGCCGUGCUCAUCGGCGCUGGCAUUGGCAUCACACCCUUUGCCUCCAUCCUGCAGAGCAUCAUGCACAGGUACCGCCAGAGGAAGCAGAGCAGCCCCAGCUGCGAGACCUUGCGGGAUGAGGACAUGGCCCUCAGAAAGGUUGACUUCAUCUGGAUCAACCGGGACCAGCAGCACUUCGAGUGGUUCCUUGACUUGCUGGCUGCGCUGGAGCUGCAGCAGGAGGAGCAGGAGCCGGGAGGGCGCUUCCUGGAGCUGCACCUGUACAUGACGUCGGCGCUGGGCAGGAGCGACGUGAAGGCGGUGGGGCUUCAGCUGGCCCUGGACCUGCUGGCCGCCAAGGAGCAGAGAGACUCCAUCACGGGGCUGCGCACCCGCACGCAGCCUGGCCGCCCCGACUGGAGCCAGGUGUUGGGCAGGGUGGCGGAGGAGAAGAAGGGCAAGGUGCAGGUGUUCUUCUGUGGCUCUCCGGCGUUGGCCAAAGUGGUCAGAGCGCACUGCGAGCGCUUCGGCUUCCGCUUCUUCAAGGAGAACUUCUAAAGGCCGUCGCCGUCCUCGCUGCGGGGCGACCACUUCCCAACCCGCCGGGAAGGGGCUGAGCUCGGGGCUGAUGGCACUGGCGUGGUGCGUGGCAUCUCCUGUGCCACCUCCGUGUCCCCUGGUCCUGCAGCGCAGCGUAGGGGUGACACAGGUGGGGCGAGGGGACGGAGUCCUGCAGCCCUCUGUGCGUCCUGGAGCAUCUCUGUAGGGUUGUGUGGGGUACGGAGCACUUGGGGACAGAGGGGAUAGAGGAGGUGGGGGUCCCGGAGCAUCCUGAUAGGGCUUUGGGGGCAGGGAGCGGUGUCCCGGAGCAUUUGGGGACGAACGGAGGGGCCGCGUCCGCUGCUGUCGGGGCUGCGGGUGGAGGAGCGGUGCCACAUGAGGGCACUGCAGCCCCGGCAACGGGAACGGACAUCCCCGGUCCGGGCUGCGAGCGGCGGGGAAACGGGGGGCUCCUGGGGGCCCGCCGCCCCCAGGCACCCCUGCCCCGCUGCUCUGUGCCCUCCGGGUGCAAAAAAAAGAGAUUUUGGGGGGCGUCGGGGGGGCCCAGCGCAGCAAAUCUGACGCUCCGUAUUUUGCUGUGCAUCCGCUCGUGGGCUUUUUCAUCCAGCAAAGCGUCACGUCGGCUCUCACAGCAGCAGGGCAGCGCUGGGGGCUGCCCCACUGAGACCCCCAAACCCGGACCUCUCCUUGCUCUGGGUAUCCCUGGGACAGCUCCUCCUGCACAGAGCCACAGCUUUGCCAAAAUCUGCACCAGAACAUGUGCCCAUGUGUGAGUGCACGGCUUUCCCCUGCACUGUCACACCGCACGGCUGGCUCCAGCCCACAGUGACGUGCAUGGAUAAGGGCACCCAUGUCCUCUCUGUCCCCUUGUGCUGCACAUCCCAUUUGUACGAGUCCAUGAGAUGAACAGGAGCUGAACCUGCUUCAGGCAGCGUGCUAAUUGGGCUGCCUAACGAGUGGCAUCCCAAGCCACGGACAAGGAAAUCACAGCUGAUGCUGGCACCCGCUAUGCUUCCCAGGGCUGCAUCCCACUCAUCUCAGCUCUGCCUCCUGCCUGUUCCAGCUUUGCAUCCCAGCCAUCCCAGUGAGGGGCUGAUGGUAUUUGGGAUGGUGUUGCAUUCAUCCUUGUUUGGGAGCACGGACAUCAUUCCAAGUGCCUGCUCCACACAGCACUGCUUUUUCUGCACACUUUGACCAUAAGUGGGGACUUUUCGAUGUCUUGGGGGUAAUUAGUGCUGCUGCUGCCUCCUGGGGCUUGCAUGGGAGAGCCAAGCCCUGUGCACGUGGAGCUGUGGUCUUUUUAGGGCCGUCUUCCAGGCUGAGCCCAUUGAUGUGCCCAUAUCGUGCAGGCGUUUCCGUGUGGCUCCAUCACCUGGCUAAGGGAAACAGACCCAUCUCGAUCACGGAGUUAAUUACAUCUCCCUCUUCUCCUGGAGCAAUUAGAAGCAGAGUGAAGCAGGAGGCGUCUGCUGAUAGCUGUUCCCCUUUCCCUUUCCUGCUGAACCGGGACGCAACCGGAUGGCGUUGCAAGUGGAGGCCUCUUGCAAAUGCAUGCGUGCUUCUUUUGCAGUUGUGCACGGGGAUUUGGGGGGCAGGGGGUGGAGCUGACAGCAUCUUUUGGGGGGUGUGCGUGGCCCUGCUG